UCUAAGUUCAACUUGCAUGUCUGAUAGCAACUAGAGAAUCCCGUCCAUGGUCGAACUUCCUAACGAGAUAUGGAUGCAAAUAUUUGAGCUCGCUCUUCACGAUGAACAGCUAAUUGGCCAUGUCUUGCCUGAUUCAACGACACCCUGCUCAUGGUUCAGAAUGAUUUACGGCAACUGGGCCCUUCGUACACCAAGCGAACAGCUAAUUGUCGCUUACGGUCAAAGAUAUUCUCUCCUAAAGACUGUCACAUUAACUUGUCGGAAUUGGAGGCAGUUGAUUUCCGAGUUUAUGUUUGAAGCUUUGUGCUUCAAUGAUCUAAACCACUUCAAUCAGUUCUUUGCCUUGCUGGAGAGGGACCCUACUGUUUGGAAAUGGGUCCGACGGAUCUCUAUCAUGCCCUUUCUCCACGCUAAUCGAUGGGACACCUCAGAGACCUUGAACACGCUCGCGUCUAUUCUACAGCGUUGCAGACGUAUCGAGGUCCUCGCGGCUGAUUUUCCCUUGAAGGCUUCCUUCUCUCCGCUCGCGGAUGUGCUAUGCACACGUGCAAGAGGCCUUCGGACGUUACGUCUGAACGUAUCCGCGAAAUACAUCAAGAAAGUUAUUCUUAUCCUGGAAUCCCUUUCAUCAUUGUCCUACCUCCAUCUCGAGAUUGCCGGCUCUACGAGCGACGAUGUCAAACUCGGUGCUGUGUCUGGGAUGGCCCUCAGUUUCCCGAGACUGAGACAGUUAUGUUUGCAUGGCCUCAUAGCGGAUCUCGUCGAAGAGGCUUGUGCUUGGGAUUUCCCUUCACUUGAGAUGGUAUCCCUUGACUUCCUACACCAUCAUGAUCUACCAGAUCUCCAAGAGUUCCUUCGCAGUCAUGGGGCUCUAUUAACAUUCCUAGAUAUUGACAGCACGUCCAGUAUGGAUGUUGCAUCCAUAUUGGAGCUUUGCCCCAAUCUUCAGGCAUUUGCCUUCAAUUUGGAUUGGCGACUUCCAUCAACAGUUAGCGGAGCUGCCGCGUUGGUGAAUUCUCCUCAUCCCAACCUCACAUUUAUUGGCUGCCAUGGACUGGCCUAUGCUUUUGGAGUAGGUUAUCUAGCCACGGCGGCUGCAUACGACCCUUUCACCACUCGUUACAUGCGACAUUCGAAUGACAUGAACAUUCUGGCCCUAAACACACGCAAUUUUCCCAAACUCAAGUACGUUAGGGUGCUAAGCAGGUCACUUCUUCGCGAUCUUGAGGCCGCCAAUGGCCCCCACAGCACUUGUUACGACCGCUGGGCCCGCUGGUCCAACCAAUGUGCUCGGGAAGGAAUUAGGUUGGAGGAUUGCACAGGUGAUGAGCUAGGCGCCCUUCCUGAUGACGGAGAGGAUUAUGACGAGUUUCUCGAAGAAGAGGAAGAAGAAUAUGAGUAUGUGGAGGAAGCUGUGGAGGAAGCUUUGGACCCUAUCUCGAUACUUCGGAGAUUGCGAGAGGAAUGUCAACAAGCUGUUGCAAACCUCCAAGUUGCAUCACCGGCACCAUUUUACGACCAGGCCUGGAUGUAAACCGAGUCAGAUCCACGAAGGCAUGCCCCAUUGAUCCCACGGGUGAGCAUCCCAGGCGAGCCAAAAAAUCUUCGGCUUCUGAUCCAUCCAUGCAUCGUCUACAGGCGUCCAUUUUUCUUCAUCUAGGAUGACUCUCAGCCUCGGAAUAACGAUGGCAGGACGGAAUAAUAUACAUAACUGCACGCAUGUAACUGUGUGCUAGAAGUCAUACAAGUCUGGACGGUCUGAUUUGAAUGCCACUCUUUUCUUUGGUUUGGCCUUCUUGAACGCUGACGAAGAUGUGGCCUGCGAGACCGAUGCCUCCUGAAUCAUCACUUUUGCGACGUUCUCCCGGACAUCUUCUAGUUGCACUUCCACCUUCGCUGACCCUUCCGAACCCGAUGGGCCAACUGCACCAGGUGUGUGAGGAUGAUGAUGCGCAUGGGUUUCACUUUCCAUCGCCAUGGUAGUUGCGGAUGGUGUCGUCCUUCGCUCGCCAACGCCACCUUCAAGAUCCAGGUGCAAUGUUUCGAAAAUGAGUCUCUUUCUCAUACACUUAAACGCCAAGUUGUUUUCGCCGGAUGACGAUAGUCCGCGCAAGGUAGAGAACUUGUCGCUUGGCGGCAGUAAUGUAUAGGGCGCAGGGAGAGAAUGGAUCUGAACAAAUCCAUGAUGUGAGGGGAACAUUGCUGAGAGCGCAGGGUUUGCUGUUGCAUACAUGAGCAUAAAUAAUUGUAUCCAGGGGUGCACUGAUACAUACCGGUGAAGGCAGAUAAUGAGACGCAAGCAUCCGAUAACCAUCCCAACUUCUGUGUCCAUCCAGGACCUCCCCAGCUGUCCGUGCAAAGAUGAGGUGCAAGGGAUAAUGAAAGACAUGUCUGCGGAUAAUUCCGAAUCAUAGAAAGCAGAGUUUGUAAGAAGUAACAUAGAUCCUUUGGGGGAUAU